GAGUGUCCUCCAUCCCGGAACUAAUGUGGAGCGGAACCUUAGCUCGGGCGGCCGUUUCCCAGGCUUAGUCAUGUGACGCACAGUACACCCGGAAGUGCCUGGGCUACACGUGGGAUUUGUAGCAGGAGGAGAUAGAAGCAGCAUGGGGAAGGAUAAGACUAAGAACCAGAAGAAGCUCCGCGCGGCAGCUGUUCAUAAUGCAGAGGAAGAAUACAUCAGCGUCCCCCACUCCUUUGUGUUCCAUCGAGGGCAGAUUGGGAAGAAUGUGCAGCAGCUGAUUUUGGAUGUGAGGAGAGCGAUGGAGCCAUAUACAGCCUCCUCUCUUAAGAUCCGCAAGAAAAAUGCCCUGAAAGACUUUGUUGCAGUAGCCGGUCCCCUCGGAGUGACCCAUUUUCUGAUCUUCACCAAGACCCAAACCAACAUCAACUUUAAAUUUGUCCGUUUACCCAGAGGACCCACAUUGCACUUCAGGGUGGCCCAGUACUCCCUGGUGAAGGACGUGGUCUCCUCCCUGAAGAAGCACCGGAUGCACGAGCAGCAGUUCACUCAUCCCCCACUCCUGGUCCUCAAUAACUUUGGCACGCAAGGCAUGCAUGUCAAGGUGAUGGCCACAAUGUUCCAGAACAUGUUCCCCUCCAUUAAUGUGCACAAGGUAAACUUGAACACCAUCCGCAGAUGUAUUCUCAUCAACUACAAUGACGACUCCCAGCUGCUUGAGUUCAGACACUUCAGCCUGAAGGUGGUUCCUGUAGGAAUGAGUAAAGGGACGAAGAAGCUGCUUCAGGAAAAGUUUCCCAACAUGAGUCGCUGGGACGAUAUCAGUGAGCUACUGGUCAAAGGAGCCAACCUCUCGGAGAGUGAAGCCGAGCAAGACGGAGAACACAACAUCACAGAGCUGCCUCAGGCCUACGCCGGCCGGGGCAACAUGAAGUCUCAGCAGAGCGCCGUGCGUCUUACUGAGAUCGGUCCCCGGAUGACUCUGCAGCUGGUCAAGAUUGAGGAGGGUUUAAAUGAUGGCAAAGUUUUAUACCACAGCUUCGUCCAAAAGACAGAGGAGGAGAUCAUAGCAAUGUUAGAGCGCAAAGAGAAGAAGCUGAAACAGAAAAAAGAACGGAAGAAGCAGCAAGAGAAGAACGUGUUGCAGAAGCAGCAGCAGAAGGAGGAGAAUAAAAAGCGCAGCGUGGCUGGCAUGAAGCGGAAGCGAGGGGAAGGCGGAGACGACGACAGUGAAGUGGAGGACCCUGGAACUUCUGUCGAUCCUGCCGACGUGUCUGAGGACGAUGAUGCUGAGUAUUACAGACAAGAAGUUGGAGAGGAGCCGGACAAAGAGCUCUUCCUUCAUGGGAGUAAAAGGAAGUUUUCCCGGCAGAAAUUUGGUCCCCCUAGAAAGAAAUUCAAAGAAUCUAAAGGACCCUUUAAACAAAGACAGGAUUCCCACCCGCCGGGUGGCCGCGCCAGACAGCAUAAACCUAAAUCGUCUUUCCAAAAAGGACCUAAAAGCCCUAAGGGACAAUCACCCAGACCUGGUAAAAAAGGACAAAACGCCCAUAAACAUAUGGGGCGCCAGCCACCAUAUAAACACCCCGCCGCUUCAGGCAAGAAAAAGAGCACAGGGUCCAAGAAACCAGGAUCAUUUGGCUCUAAACGCCCGAAGACGGGGAAAAACCCGAAGUUUAGUGGCGGGAAUAAAAUGGGCGGGCCGAAAGGUAAAGCUUUCAAACAGAGGAAAAAGAUGUAAAUGGACACUAUACAUGUUUUCUGUAAAUAAGUGUAAUUAACAUCUAAGUUUAAAACUACUUUAUUUCAUGUCUGCUCCGGAAAAUUAAAAUGGUUUCCCCUUUAUUAUAA